AUGCUGUUCCUGCAACUUGUGUUGCUGGUGGUUCUCCUCCCAGGUGGUGACAGUGAAGAUGCCUUCCAGGAGCCAAUCUCUUUCCGAAUCCUCCUGACCACAUCUUUUUACAGCCGUUCCCGGACACAAAAUCAAGGCUCAGCUUGGUUGGAUGAGCUGCAGACUCAUGGCUGGGACAAUAAGACUGGUGCUUUCAUUUUUCUGCAGCCUUGGUCUAAAGGCAACUUCAGCAAUGAGGAGCUGUUGGAAGUAGAAAAGUUAUUCUACACAUACUCCGUUAGGUCUCCUUCAACAUAUCAUAACCAUGUCAGGGAAUGGCAGCUUGAAUAUCCCUUCCAGGUACAGCUGGUGUUAGGCUGUGAUUCCCACUUUGGAGAAACAUCAGUAGGCUUCAUGCGGAUUGCUUAUCAAGGAUCAGAUCUCGUGAGUUUCCAGAACACAUCAUGGUGGCCAUCUCCAAAGGGAGGAAGUAGGGCUCAGCAGGUCUGCACAGUAUUCAAUCAGUACCAGGUUUUCGAUGAAAUAGUAUACAAAAUCCUCAGCGACUCCUGCCCCCGGUUCCUGUUGGGUCUUCUUGAUGCAGGGAAGACAUAUCUCCAGCGACAAGUGAGGCCAGAGGGCUGGCUGUCCACUGGCCCCAGUCCUGGUCCUGGCCGUCUGCUGCUGGUGUGCCAUGUCUCGGGCUUCUACCCAAAGCCUGUGUGGGUGAUGUGGAUGCGGGGUGAGCAGGAGCAACAGGGCACCCAGCGAGGUGAUCUCCUGCCUCAUGCUGAUGGGACAUGGUACCUUCAGAUGUCCUUGGAUGUGAAAUCCAGGGAAGCAGCUGGCCUGUCGUGCCGAGUGAGACACAGCAGUCUCGGAGGCCAGGACAUGGUCCUCCACUGGGAGCAGCCCCACUCCAUGGGCUUGGUCUUCCUGGUGGUGACAGUGCCCCUGGUGCUUCUGGCAGGUCUGGCGUUGUGGCUCUGGAAGCACUGGCCACUCUAUGUGUCCAUGAAUAGUGGUGAGGGCCUGUGUCUGGGGGCUACAAAUCAAUGUCAGCAGGUAGGCCAAUCAGUACAGACAGACUCCGAGAAUAAUGAUGGACCUUUUGUGACUGAUGACCCCCGUGGCAGUGUGAGUGGAGACAUCCAUAGCUAG